AUGGGCCAAAGGUUGAUUCCUUUUGAGACAGUCUCAGAAUGGGCCAAAGGUUCAUUCCUUUUGGGACAGUCUCAGAAUGGGCCAAACCCUGAGUUCCCUCAGUCACGAGUGGUAACACGCACCUGGGCUUAUUCAAAUUUCAAUAGUACAUGGAUUUCGAAACCAAUUAGAAUCGACACGGCUGAACGUACAGGGUUCAUUCCUUUUGGGACAGUCUCAGAAUGGGCCACAGGUUCAUUCCUUUUGGGACAGUCUCAGAAUGGGCCAAACCCUGAGAUCCCUCAGUCACGAGUGGUAACACGUACCUGCGCUUAUUCAAAUUUCAAUAGUGCAUGGAUUACGAAAUCAAUUAGAAUCGACACGGCUGAACGUACAGGGUUCAUUCCUUUUGAGACAGUCUCAGAAUGGGCCAAAGGUUCAUUCCUUUUGAGACAGUCUCAGAAUGGGCCAAAAAUCGACACGGCUGAACGUACAGGGUUGAUUCCUUUUGAGACAGUCUCAGAAUGGGCCAAAGUAGGGUUGAUUCCUUUUGAGACAGUCUCAGAAUGGGCCAAAGUAGGGUUGAUUCCUUUUGAGACAGUCUCAGAAUGGGCCAAAGGUUCAUUCCUUUUGAGACAGUCUCAGAAUGGGCCAAAGGUUGAUUCCCUUUUGAGACAGUCUCAGAAUGCCUCUGAAAAGCCCUUAAAUCAGUUCUGA